GAGAUAGGUGAGAGAAAAGGAAAGUAAGAAAAGGGAGCUGCGAGCGAGAGUGGGUUUGUGCUCUGCGUAAACCUGUCAUUCCCGAAGGAAGUGUUGUUUGGUCGUCGUCGUCGUCGUCGUCGUCGUCGUCGACAUCGCCGUCGUCGUCGUCGCCGCCGCCGUCCUCCUCCUCCUCGUUGAAAUUAUUAUCGCACAAUCGAGUAGACAUGAGCGAAUUACAUCCAGAGGAGAUAAGACGCAGGCGAUUAGCUCGCCUCGUCAGCCUUGACAAUGCUCCUGGCAAUGGAUCUACAAAUUCCAGCGAUCCAAAAACUGGAGUUCUUAUGUUGCAAAGUAAUUCGACUGCUGGACCUUCCGGUGCUUCCUCUCUACUAGCAGCUACAAUCUCACCUUCGCCUUCCACGGAUCCGUCAAUGCUACAGCUUCCAGACAAUAAAGCACCAAUGGAAAUACAAGAUAAUUGUGAAAAGCACUGCAACUCGUCUGGUGUUGAUAUCGACUCUGGUAUUGAAAAUAUGGAAGUAGAGGAUACGGAUCGUAAAGAAAUUGCACCAAGAUCUAGGACGAGUUCCAGUACAGUUGAAGUAACAUUGGAACAGGCUCAUUCCGUUAUAUCGCGAGUGCUUUCCGUCUCGUGGAAAACGUCGACGGGAGGUACGAUAUAUCUUCCCGAUACCGCUAAAAAUAUAACAGAAACGAACAGUAACAAUUUCGCUGACAUCAUUAAUCAAGCAAUAAUGGAAGUUUUAUUCAAAUUCGCUAAUGGCGAAGAUCCUUUAAAGGACAUAGCUAUAGAUAUAUCUUUAGAUUGUCAAGAUAGUCCAAAUGAUCCAAAAGCUAGUCCAAUGCUGAGUCCGGUUACAAGUAAUUCAAUAAACCCAUUGGCAAAUCAACUUAAUGCCUCUAACGAAGAUCAGUCCACGCAUUCAAAAAGUCUCGCAUACUUAAUAGAUUCCUAUGCCAGAGUAGCUGUCGAGGAAAGAAAUCAUCCCAAGCGCUCGAGCGUGCCGCCGCUGUCGGAGGUGUUAACGAAUCUCCGGGCCCAGUGCGUUCAGUACGCGAGCCUUGUGCUCCAAGGUCAUCUGCCAGGAUGCCAGCAGCCGGAAGUCGGGGCCGGUUGCCGAUCCGCCCUCCUGAACAACAUGCUCUCGCAGAACCUGCCACGGGGCUUUCUCCACGAGCUCGUCACACGCAACCAAGGCAACUCCGAGGCCUUCGAGCGCAUCUUCACGCCCCUACUCCAGAGCCUCUACCUGGCGAUGCAGCGCGCGAGCCUCGUCGGCAACACCCAUAGGCGGCCGAUCGAGGCCCUCGAGGAGCUCGUCGAGAUACGCUGCGGUCCCAGUGGUAACCUCCGACCCGCGUGCCGCCUCAUUACCAGCCAGGUGCAGUUCAAUCCGGAGCUUAUGACGCCUGCGGUCGGCAGAGAGAUCGCCAGGACCUCCUUCCUCGGACCCUUUUUCUCCGUCUCUAUAUUCGCCGAGGAGCAGCCCAAGGUAGCGGAAAAGUUCUUCAAUGGCAACACAUCGACGGACAAGUCGAUGGUCCUCACCCUGCAGAAAGAGCUCGAAAGCAUUCGAAUAUCGCUUCAUAAGAUUCUACACGCCAUCCUCGCUAGUAACACGUGUCGCGAGUCGACUCUCACAUACCUAGCCGACAUACUUCGCCAUAAUGAGAAGCGCACGCAGAUACAGACGGAGGAGUUUUCCCUCGCUGGUGAUGGCUUUACUCUCAACGUACUCUCCGUGCUCCAGAUGCUCUCCGUAAAAAUAAAACUCGACACGAUAGAUCCGCUCUAUCCCUUUCAUCCAACUGCACUUAUCGAUAUCAAGAACGAGACAAGGCUGAAGCUUACCUCGCAGGAGGUAACGCAAUGGCUGGAGGAUCUUGAGACAAGCGGCCAUAAUUGGACAAAAGCUAAAUUCCCGACGCAAUGUUGGUUCCUCACUCUUCAUUGUCAUCAUAUCGCACUCAUACCGGCACUCCAGAAAUAUCAGAAGAAGUUGCGCACUCUACGCGACCUGCAGAAGAUGAUCGACGAUCUGCAGGCGACUGAGUCCCAGUGGAAAGAUACCAUGCACGACAUGCCGAACAAGGAGCUGAUUAAGAAAUGGAAGUACCAGUUAAAGAGACUAGGCAAGGCUAAGGCGUGCGCGGAUGCUGGCUUGGUCGAUCCCCUUCUGCUGAGGAGGUCACUGCAUUUCUAUACCUCGGUGGCAGAAGUGAUGUUGAAGCUCCUCACCGGCGUCGAAAACGUCAACGAGUUGGCAUACGACAAUAAUCUGUCGAAUAUAUUAAAUUGCCGUUCCGAGACGCCGAAAGUCUUUACCGCUCUGCCUGAGUGGUAUAUCGAGGACAUCGCCGAGUUCUUACUUUUCAUACUUCAAUUUAGCCCUGAGGUGGUUGUAAAUAACGUCGAUACCAUUCUUAUUACAUGGCUGCUGGUGCUGAUAUGUGCUCAAGAUUGUAUGCGAAAUCCUUAUUUGGUUGCCAAAUUAAUCGAAGUUCUAUUUGUAAUAAAUGCAAGCGUUCAGGGGUUGACGGAGAGUUUGCACAAGCAAGUGAUGGCGCACCCGCUCUCGAAUCUCCUUCUUGCUUCCAACCUCAUGAAAUUUUAUACGGACGUCGAAACGACGGGGUCAUCGUCCGAGUUCUAUGACAAAUUCUUCAUACGCUACCACAUCUCCCUAAUCCUGAAAUCAAUGUGGGAGAGCCCGGUGCACAGGGCCUCGAUAAUCCGCGAGAGCUCGAACGGCAAGCAAUUCGUCAAGUUCAUAAACAUGCUGAUGAACGAUACGACUUUCCUGCUGGACGAGUCGCUCGAAUCUCUUAAACGUAUCCACGAGGUGCAGGAGAUCAUGUCGGAUCAGUCGACUUGGGCGUCCUUCAACCAAGAUCAGCAGCAAUCGCGCACGCGUCAAUUGGCGACGGACGAGCGUCAGGCGAAGUCGUACCUUACCCUCGCCAAGGAAACCGUCGCCAUGUUUCACUACCUCACCAUACAGAUCACCGAGCCGUUCUUGCGUCCGGAGCUCUCGGGUCGACUCAGCGCCAUGCUCAACUUCAAUUUGCAGCAGCUAUGCGGGCCAAAAUGUAAGAAUCUGAAAGUGAGAAAACCCCAAAAAUACGGCUGGGAGCCAAGAGCAUUGCUGGGGCACAUCGUCGACAUUUACCUGCAUCUCGAUUGUCACAAGUUUGCCGCUGCCUUGGCCAGUGACGAGAGGUCCUUCUCGAAGGAGUUGUUCGCGGAGGCGGCGAGCAAGCUCGAGAAAUCGGCCAUAAAGUCGGCGUCGGAGAUCGAGCGAUUCAUCGCCCUCUCGGAGAAGGCGGCCCAGAUCGCCAGCGAUAACCGGGCGCGCGAGGAGGACUACAACGACGCGCCCGACGAGUUCAAGGAUCCCCUCAUGGGUACGCUGAUGGAGGAACCCGUCAAGUUGCCCUCGGGCAUUGUCAUGGACAAGGACGUCAUUAUACGGCAUCUGCUCAACAGCGCGACCGAUCCCUUUAGUAGGCAGCCUCUCAGCGAGGAUAUGCUUGCCCCCAUGAACGAAUUGAAAGCAAGAAUAUCGGAAUGGAAGCAGCAAAAAAGUACAUCCACUGAUAUACAAUAGUUUCGAUCAGUUUGGAAACAUGAAAGGCAACCGAAUGUGGGGCUUACUAGAUAAUACUUGACAGUGUUGACUUUUGACUCAUCUAAAUCAAGUAUUGGUGGACAAUGCAUCCUUUUUUUUUAUCAUGAUAAAUAAAAAGCACAGAUAAAAAACAAAUCUUGUGCACGUGAUCUCUCGUGAUUAUGCUGUAAUUAUGAUAAUAAAUUUGUUGUUUUUUUUUAUACGUCAA